AUUACAGGAGUUGAAAGAAUGCCGGCCAUAAUAACACAGAAGGACCUCAACUCACUUUUGAGCUUGUUUUCGGAUGACACGAAAGCCAUCGAGUCAGUAGCUCAGUUGUUCCAUCGUACCUUUGCAAAGACAGAUCAUUUUCGUGUCGCAACGGCGCUCAGUCUGCUGAUACAAGAGAGAGCGAUCUCACUUACACAGCGCUUCUUUGCGUUCUUCAUUCUCUUCGACCUAUAUAAGUCUGAAGCUCCCGGAACGAAUCCCUUCCUUCCGAUCUUUCUCGAUGAACUGCAGAAAGACUUGCAAAUGUGCGAGAGAAAAUUCCUCCUCAACCUCCUCUGCUACCCUCCAAAGGACUUGCCAAAGAAGUCGCCGAAGGAAAUCAUAGAGCAGAGUGACGCGUUGACUCUUGGAACGGAGCCAGAUCUCAUCGCGAUGCAGGAGGAGUAUCUCAAGAAGAUGGGCAACAUUAGUGGAUUUCUUCCUUACGGCUUGUGCCCCAUCCUCAUGGAUCCGGACAUCGCGACCGACGAUUCUGAGUUCGAAGAGGCCGAGCUCAUGCCAAACUUGACGGAUGAACAUGGCAGCGGGGGGAUGGUGGGGUACGAACCUUGCUUCAUCAGGCCGCUACCGGCUCUGCUACCUCCUGACGAUGACGAGGUGCUAUGGCUACAUAAGGAUGAAGAUCACAAGGUCAUGUGGGACAAUUCCAUGUGUGCCGAGGGCAGCAAAGGGAAGGAGGUUCGCGAGCUCAUGUCGAAGGCAUUCAAGGGGCCACUGCAGACUGCGCAAGUACAACAAGUGCUGGCAGAGCUCGAGUCAGAUGCGAAGCUGGUCUACCAUUGCGGUUUGACACCGAAGAGACUUCCAGAGCUGGUGGAGAAUAAUCCCAACAUUGCGAUCGAAGCUCUUCUACGCUUAAUGUCCUCCAAUCAUAUCACAGAAUACUUACAGAUGCUCGUUACUAUGCCCAUGUCGCUGCACUCGAUGGAGGUCGUAAAUCGGCUGACAACUGCUGUCGAUCUUCCAACCGAAUUUGUACAUCUUUACAUCUCAAAUUGCAUCUCAUCUUGCGAGAACAUCAAGGAGAAGUACAUGCAAAACCGCCUAGUAAGGCUGGUCUGUGUCUUUCUCCAAUCCCUUAUAAGGAACAAGAUCAUCAAUGUACAGGAAUUGUUCAUAGAGGUUCAGGCGUUUUGCAUUGAGUUCAGCCGCAUACGGGAAGCCGCUGGGCUCUUCCGACUUCUAAAAACCUUAGAAUGA